AUUCGUCAUUCCCACCACCGCACCACGGCCGCCGCCGCACCGUUGGGCAGCCUCUCUUCGAUUGGCGGCUGGGGCUCUUCGUCCUGGCGAGGGUUUUAGCGGGACACAGAACAGCAGCAGGAGGAGGAGCAGGCUGAGGGAGAGGCAGGGGAUGGCUGCCAUGGUUGGAGCGCGCAGGGCUCUCUUCGCCGCUCGCUACUCAUCUCGCGGCGAGCUCGCAGCCGCGCUCGUCUCCCCCGCCCGGCGCGUCGAUUCGCCGACCAGUCUCCUAACUGAAAGAGGGUGUCAGCGUUCUUUGGUUCCAUAUCGUGGCGCUGGCAAUCUUGCAUCCGAACAAAUUGAUGGAGACUAUCGCCGUGAGUGGGGAGCGCAGAAUGUAGAGAACUACCGAGAGGCACACUCAAAUCACUCAGCUGGUCAUCUCAGCCACACAUUGCAGAGGAAUCUCCCUUCAGCUGAUUUUUCAGAAGGCACUGAUCGAAAUAAAGGUGUGCGUGUUGGUGGUGGUGUCAAUGCACAUUAUGGACGCAAUACUGACAAACCUUACCAAAGUGGUGGAUCGUAUGACUUGCCAGAUAGUCACCAGCCCUAUACCGAUACAAGAGUGAAUAACGAGACACCUGGAUAUAAUACCAGGCAACCGUAUGGGGGCAGUAGUGUGUACCGCCACCAAAUCCCCAAGAGCGAUCUGCCAAAUGCUCAUCAGCAGCACAAUGGCGCACAAGCUACUAAUGGCCUUUCUUUAGAUGAUAAGGUGCAAACAGAUCGUCACCUUAAUGGAUAUGACACAUACAGCUCUGGAUACAACACCCAAAGUAACCAGCAGAGCUAUUCUAGUGGGCAGUAUGGAUAUGGCCCUUCAGGACAAUUGUAUGAAAACUCAACUGGAAAUGAUCAGCGCGUCUUUCAGCGACAGAAAGUUGAUCGAAGAUCUGAUGGUGAUUACACAAGUAGACCUGGCAAUUCUGACUCACAGUAUCGAAACCCCAGCGAUUUCCAUAAGGAGCACAUUGCAGGAUUUCAGCAAGGCCACAGUGGUAAUUUUGGAUAUAAUGCCACCCGACCCAAUGGGCCCGAUGGUGCAUACAAUCAUCAAAGUCCUAACGGGCAUCCACAAAAUACUCAUCAACAACACAAUGGCACUGGAUAUGACACACACAGCUUUGGAUACAACAGCCAAAGUUACCAGCAGAGUGAUACUAGUAGGCAGUAUGGAUACGUUUCUUCAGAACAAUCAUAUCAAAACUCAACUGGAAAUGGUCGGCAAGUCUUUCAGCAACAGAAUGUUGAUCAAAGAUCUGGUAGUGAUUAUGCAAAUGGGCCUGGAAAUUCUGCCUCGCCGUAUACAAAUCCUAGUGGAUUCCAUAAGGAGAACGUUCCAGGAUUUCAGCAAGGACACGAAGUUCAUUUUGGACACAAUGCUUCACAAGCAUACCAGAUCCCUUAUGCCACUAACAAAGUUGACUCACAGAGAAAUCAUCGAGGGUAUGUAAUGAAUGUAAACACAGAUUUACAACGCAACCCUCGUGGAAUAUAUCAAGAAAAGCAUUUGGAUACUCAACCUAUCACAUUAGGUGGGAAUAACUUGAACAGUACACCCUAUCAAGAUGGCAUGUAUUUUCAUCAUUCACUACCUGGCAGUCAGCCAAAUGAAGGAUCACCUUCUGAAGUGUCUGAUGAAGCCAGUGGCAUACCCAAAGGUACUAUUGAAGAACUGGAGAAAUUAUGUGAAGAUGGGAAAGUAAAAGAAGCUUUGGAAGUUCUGCCAGUGCUACAAGAAAAAGGCAUUGUACUGCAUGCUCCUCAAUACAUUAAAUUGAUGCAAGCAUGUCCUGAUGCAUCUGCCCUCGCUGAAGCAAGAAAAAUACAUAAUGAAAUAUCUCGAUCAGGACUAGCUGACACAGUUAUUAAUAACAAGAUUUUGGACAUGUAUGCUAAAUGCGCUUCUAUGGAAGAUGCAAAGAAUCUCUUCAGUACUAUGCCUCAGCAUGAUGCAACAUCUUGGAGCACUAUAAUCUCAGGGUUUGUGGAUAAUGGUCUUGGUGAAGAAGCAACUGAUUUUUUUGAUCAGUUUAAGCAGACAGGAGAUAAGCCAGAUCCUGGCAUGUUCACACAUGUUUUUUUGGCCUGUGGAAUUUUGGGAUCUGUUGACGAGGGGAUGUUACAUUUUGAAUCAAUGCAGAAAGAUUUUGGUAUAACUCCUGCCAUGGAUCAUUAUGCCAGCAUUGUUAGUAUGCUUGGGCAGUCUGGCUAUCUUGAUGAAGCUCGUGAGUUUAUUGAAAGGAUGCCUGUGGAACCAAGCAUUGAUGUCUGGGAAAGUUUGAUGAAUAUGUGUCGACUUAAUGGCUCUAUGGAGCUAGGAGAUCGUUGUGCUCAAAUUAUAGAAUGCCUGGAUCCUUCUAGGCUUAAUGAGCAGUCUAAAAUGGGUCUUUUCCCAAUAAAUGCGUCAGACCUUGCAAAGGAGAAAGAAAGGAAAAAGGCGAAUUCUGUUGAAGCUAGGAGCAAAGUUCAUGAAUACAGAGCAGGGGAUCGAUCCCAUCCAGAAACCUUUAGGAUCUAUGAAGAGCUGAGGUACUUGUCUGCUCAUAUGAAGGAGGCUGGCUAUAUUGCGGAUACCCGAUUUGUACUUCACGAUGUUGACCAAGAAACUAAAGAGGACGCCUUGCUAGCUCAUAGUGAGAGACUAGCUGUUAGUUAUGGUCUGAUAACCAGCGCUGUCCGUUCCCCUAUCCGGGUUAUAAAGAAUCUUCGCUCCUGCGGGGAUUGCCACACUGCUUUCAAGAUAAUCUCUAAACUUGUUGGCCGUCAGAUCAUUGCAAGGGACGCAAAGAGGUUCCACCAUUUUGAAAAUGGUGUGUGCUCAUGCAAUGAUUAUUGGUAAAAAGAAUGCUACAAAUCUACAUUGUUACCAGUUUUAAUAGGUACAAACCACAAUAGGUUGUGUAAAUCCUGAUUCCUGAAGCUAUGCCGUUUCCUACGAAACAUUUAGUUAACCGGUUUCAUGGCAGGGACAUGUUCCAUCUUCUCGUCCAUGUAACCCCUUUUUUAGUGUUCUACUACCCUGGAAUUCAAGCAUUUACCCUUGAAGCAUUUAUUUGAUGAUGCCCCUUCUCUUUA